GGCCGUUCUUCGUCUUGACCUUCUCGUCGUCGUUUGCACCACCAACUCUUUACAUACUUUUCCCUCAAUCCACAUUUCAUUUCGAAGCUAUGGCUGCAGCAACUGUCGAGGAAAUCCGUGCGACGUCUUAUGUCGGUUUCGACUCUAUCACGCAGCAGAUUGAGCACAAGCUCUUGAAACGUGGUUUCCAGUUCAAUGUCAUCGUUGUUGGACAAACUGGUCUUGGGAAGUCGACGCUGAUCAACACCAUCUUUGCGUCGCACCUUAUUGACUCGAAGGGUCGGUUGGAGUCGAACGAGCCUGUUCGGCAGACCACUGAGAUUCAGGCUGUCUCGCAUGUUAUUGUUGAAAAUGGCGUUAAAUUGCGUCUCAACAUUGUUGACACGCCUGGGUACGGCGACCAGGUCAACAACGAGAACUGUUGGGAUCCUAUUGUGAAGUACAUCAAGGACCAGCAUAGUGCGUAUUUACGCAAGGAGUUAACGGCCAUGCGUGACCGGUAUAUCCUGGACACGCGUAUCCACUGCUGUCUGUACUUCAUCAGCCCAACGGGACAUUCGCUUCGUGCCAUUGACGUCAUUGUGAUGAAGAAGCUGAGUGAGGUUGUGAACGUCGUGCCUGUGAUUGCGAAGGCGGACAGCUUGACCUUGGAGGAGAGGGUUGCGUUCAAGCAGAAGAUUCGCGCGGAGCUUGUGUACCACAACAUUCGUUUGUAUCCCUUCGAUACAGAUGAGACUGAUGAGGAGGAAAUUCAGUUGAACGAAUCAAUCAGAAGCGUGAUUCCCUUCGCUGUCGUCGGCUCUGAGAGGAGUGUGAUUAUUGACGGCAAGUCUGUGCGGGGCCGGAAGAACCGAUGGGGCGUGGUUAAUGUCGAGGAUGAAAACCACUGCGAGUUCAUGCACCUGCGAAACUUCCUCACGAGGACACACCUGCAAGAUCUAAUUGAGACGACAGCCCAGAUCCACUAUGAGGCUUUCCGUUCAAAGCAAUUGCUUGCUCUCAAGGAGGGUGUACAGCAAAGACCGCCCACCAACCAAUAGAGCACAUUAUUCUCCUGGUUGCGAUUGGAAAAUGCAAACCAUUGAUACCCUGUUGGUUCCGUACUAGCUUUUGCGUUCGUUUGUUUUCCAAUGGAUUUUUUACUAGUUGUUGCGUUACUCGCCUGCACGUUCAUUUUGCGUUCUAGUAAUCUCAUACCUUAAUAUAUAAGCGAUUUUCUUGCGUCA